AUGUCUCCUGCAAUGCAUGCGUCUCGAGACAUAGGACAGCCUACAGACAACAGCAACUUCGAGAAUGACGAGAAGUCCGAGCUACCUUCCCAGCUGAGGACGGGAAGUGUGACUGUAUUGGACCUCGCGUCUUCCUCACCGCCAGACAACUUCAACUCAGGAUGGCGCUUCUAUGCUUCAUUCACCAGUCUCUGCAUAAUUACCCUCGCAGUGGCCUUGGAUGCCACUUCGCUUUCCGUCGCUCUUCCCAUUAUUUCUGAAUCUCUCCACGGCAGUGCCAUCGCCGCCUUCUGGUGCGGGACAUCGUUCCUCCUAUCCUCCACUGCUUUCCAACCCACCUUCGCUUCGCUUUCAUAUAUACUCGGCCGCAAACCUCUCCUUCUCGUCGCCCUCCUUUUCUUCACAGUAGGUGCAAUAGUCGGUGCACUCGCCCAGAAUUUCACUUCCCUCUUGGUUGGCCGCAGCAUCCAGGGCGUCGGUGGCGGCGGCAUUAUUUCUCUGACUGAAAUCCUCAUCACCGACCUCGUCCCUCUGCGUGAGCGCGGUAAGUGGUUCGGCUUUCAGAGCCUAACAUGGGCACUUGGGUCAGUCACCGGUCCCUUGAUCGGCGGCGCCUUCGCCCAGGAAGCCACUUGGCGCUGGAUCUUCUGGAUAAAUCUGCCCUUCUGCGGCCUGGGCUUCCUCACGCUCCCUUACUGCCUACGACUACAUCACCCUCCAGGUCGCCUUGCAAGCAAAAUUCUGCGCUUUGACUGGGUCGGCGCCAUUCUCCUAACUGCGUCCACUACCUCGUUCCUUAUGCCGGUCUCUUGGGGCGGCGUCAUGUUCGCAUGGUCCUCCUUUCGCACUCUGGUACCGUUUAUACUUGGGAUCUGCGGCCUCUUGGUCUUCGUCAUGUACGAGAUCUAUGUCGCAAAAACGCCAUUGAUCCCUUUACGCAUUUUUAGUAACCGUACUGCAGCAGUCAACUGCUUUGGCACACUUGUCCACGGCAUGCUCCUUUGGUGUUUACUCUACUACCUUCCACUCUAUUACGAGGCCGUCAAGGGCUACAGUCCCAUCAUCGUCGGCGUCGCCGUCUUUCCCGAGACUUUCACUGUCGCGCCCGCGUCUAUCCUCGUCGGCAUCGCAGUCAGUAUCACGGGCCGCUUCCGCUGGGCCAUCUGGUCCGGAUGGUCGCUGACAGUGCUGGGCAUGGGAUUGCUGUUCUUGCUAGGCCCGGAGACGAGCGUGCCGGCAUUUGUGUUUUUGAACCUCAUACCCGGCUUGGGAUUGGGCUUGCUGUUUGCGAGCAUGAACCUGGCCAUACAGGCAGCGGCGACAGAGAGAAAUGUUGGGUAUGCGGCGGCCAUAUAUAUCUUCAUGCGCUCGCUGGGCCAAAGCGUCGGUGUUGCCGUCGGCGGUGUCAUAUUUCAGAGCGAAUUUGCCGUUGAACUCCGCGGGUACCCGGACCUAGCCAGGAAUGCGACAGCGCUAGCGCAAGAUGCCAGUGGGUUGGUGCAGGUCAUCAAGGCGAUGCCCGAGGGCGCGGCGGAGAGGACCGCGGUCGUGUAUGCAUACGCGGACGCGUUGAAGGUCGUAUGGGCGGUCAUGGCCGGGCUGGCGUUUGUCGCACUUCUGCUGGCUCUCGGAACAAAGGGGCUAAGUUUAAAUGCGAAGAUGGAGACGGAGCAGGCGCUCAGAGAGCGAGAGAACGAUCAGCGUUUGAGGUAG